AUGUACCUGGGCCAGCACGCCGGCCUGGGCCAGCACCCCGGCUCGGCCCAGCUGGCUUCCGGGCAGGCAGCGGACCGCCCCACCCCCGACCCCCCGGCCCCCCUGCCCGCCUCCCACGUCUCCGCCGCCUACAACGCCGUGCUGGAGCAGCUCACCCCCGCGGUGCAGCGGAAAGUGGCCUCACAGCUGGUCAUCAUGACCGCCACCCUGCGCCAGACCAAGACCUGCUCGGUGGAGGACGCCACACGGGCGCGCCCGCUGCAGGGCCAGGCGCAGCAGCACGGCCUGGCGCCCGGCUACGGCGGCAUGGCGUACCCCGGCGCCGGGGUCCACGCCCCCACGCGCCCGGCCCUGCACAUGCCGCAGGCCGCGGGCGUGUAUGCGCCGGCGGGCCAGCCAUCGCAGCCGCCGCAGGGCGCGGCCCAGGACCAGCAGUGGGCGCAGCACGCGCAGCAGAUGCAGGCGUGGCGGGAGGCCUGGGUGUCUGCGCAGCAGCAGCAGCAGCAGGGGUUGGGCACGGCGGGCCGGCGCUAG